UGAUCGUUGUUAUGAUCAAGCUUUGCGCCAGGUUGAGCGACUGCGAGAGAUAUUAAGAGAACAGUUCACGAAUCCAAUCGCAGCAACUUCCAUAGAAUAUUAAGCUGUGGGGUUGAAAUUAUAUAUUUGCUGUUUGUGUAUUAGGAACGUUUGUAUGCAUGGUGUGAAAGCAAUAUUUGUUUGAGUCUGUAGUGCAUUUAUCUUGAAUUUGCGAGUCCAUUGCUUCCACACGAAGUUUUUGUUUCUAAAAUGGCGGAUGACUGUGAGAAGGAUCAGUCUCCAGACAAUUACGAUGACGAUAAAGAUGACGAACCCUCAGAUGAUGAUGAAGAAGAUUAUAGGCCAAUGCCGAAGUCAAGAGGGAGAGGAAAUUACAGAAAUCGAGGUCGUGGAGCACCUCAUGACUUUGGACCGCCAAGAGGUCCCCCACCAGGACAUGGCCCACCAAGAUUCCGUGGGCGGGGUUAUGGUCCAAGGGGGCCUCCAUUCAGAGGUCCACCACCACCUCACUUUGGAGGACCUCGUGGUCCAAGAUUCCGUGGACCUCCGCCAUUUGAUCCUAACUGGGGACCAAUGCCACCUCCAGGAAUGCAUCCGCAUCCACAUAUGAUGGGUCCACCUCCACCAGGAAUGCCACCACCCCACAUGAUGGGACAUAUGGGUAUGCCUCCACCUGGUCCUGGACCAUAUGGGCCACCUCCAAUGGGAUGUCCUCCUCCUCAACAGCAACAGCAGCAACAACAACCUCCUCCAUUGAAUUCAACUGGAAGCCCUGGAAACAACAUGCCACCAGCAAAUGCACCUAAUGCCAACUUGCCUGGCAUGGAUUUGACAGGAGAAAUUUGGGUAGAAACCAAAGCAAGCGAAGGAAAAUCAUAUUUCUACAAUGCUCGAACUAGGGAGACAACGUGGACCAAGCCAGAGGGCCCUGCAGUGAAGAUAAUUACACAAGAACAGGUGGAAGUGAUGGCUCAAGCUGCAGGAGUUAAUUCUGGUGGUCCCAACAGUUCAGGACCAUUACAGGUACCACCACAGGCUCAGCCUGCACCUUCCCAGAAACCAGACAACGAAGGAAACAAUGCACAGCAACCUCCUGAUGGUGGUGGAAUGCCCAACACAAUGCAGCCUCCUCCUUCCAUGAUGCAAGGACCACCUCCUGGCAUGCCACCCUUUGGUGGCCCUCCCCCCCAUUUUGGAGGGCCUCCACCGUUUGGCAUGCCUCCUCCAGGCUUUCCAGGAGGUUAUGGAACCGGAGGAUACGGUGGAAUGGCACCUCCUGGUGGUCCUUGGGGUAUGCCACCUCAAGGAAUGGGAAUGCCACAACAGCAACAGCCACCACCACAACAGCCGCAGCAACAGCCCCCUCCACAUCAGCCUCCAAUUCAACAGCAACCACCACAACAUCCACCUACGAUUUCUGCUCCCCCUAUGACAUCCGGUCAGGUGGCUAAUGCGGUGCCAGGCCAAAUACAAGGAGAUGACACAUCACAGAUUGAUCCUGAUAUAGUUGCAAGAGCUGCCGAGUGGACAGAACACAAAGCUCCUGAUGGGCGAUCAUAUUACUAUAAUGCCAAAGCUGGUGAAUCUGUCUGGGAGAAGCCCCAGGCUCUGAAAGAUCUGGAAACUGUGAAGUUGUUGGCCACGUCAGCAGUCCCGAACACAGCUGCUACUUCAGUUCAUGGCACCAGCCCUGGGGCUCAUCAGACUGAUGACACUGCUGCCAAGCUUGCUGCUGCUCAGGGUGUUUCAACUGUUCCUAGUACGGCAGGAGCUCCACCUGCUGCAAGUCCCAAGGGAUCAUCAGAUGGUGAGCCUGAGCCUCCUAGUCAGUCUGCAGCUGCUGAAACUGCUAUCACUAAUGGUGAUGCAACAAAGGAGCCAGAAAGCGACAAUGAAAAAGAUGAAAAAAUGGUAGUUGAAGAGGAAAAGUCAAAGAAGAAAUCUGAAGAGGAAGAGGAACGAGCCAAAGAACUGCAAAAGGCACAGGACAAAUCAAGACCUGUUUCUAGUACUCCUGUUCCAGGUACUCCAUGGUGUGUUGUAUGGACAGGAGAUGGUCGUGUUUUCUUUUACAAUCCAUCAUCACGUACUUCAGUAUGGGAGCGACCUGAAGAUCUGGUGGGUCGUGCUGAUGUAGAUAAGAUGGUGGCCAGCCCACCUGAUGCUCCAAACACUACACAGGCCACAACGGGGACCAGUAAUAAUUCUGCUGUGGUGACGAAGAGAACCGGAACUAGCAUUGAUAGUAGCGAUGAAGAUCAUCCCACACCUUCCAAAAAGUCUAAAAAAGAUGACCAACCAGUCAAAGAGGAGACAAAGGAGCAGCCAAAACCUGACAAGAAGCAGAUUGAUAUCGGAAAAGAAGCAGCUAUUGAGGCAGAGGUUCGGGCUGCCAGGGAAAGAGCCAUUGUACCUCUUGAGAUACGCAUCAAGUCAUUUAAAGAAAUGCUGGCAGAAAAGGAGGUUUCUGCCUUUAGCACAUGGGAGAAGGAACUGCAUAAAAUAGUCUUUGACCCUAGGUAUCUCCUCCUAACAUCCAAGGAGCGGAAGCAGGUGUUCGAGAAAUAUGUGAAGGAACGGGCUGAGGAGGAGCGAAGGGAGAAAAGAAAUAAAAUGAGGGAACGUAAAGAUGAAUUCAGGCGAUUGAUGGAGGAAGCAGGAUUGCAUGGAAAAUCUUCAUUCAGUGACUUUGCCCAAAAGCAUGGCAAAGAUGAAAGGUUUAGAAACAUAGAGAAGAUGCGCGAACGUGAAAGCUUAUUUAAUGAGUACUUGCUGGAUGUGAGGAAAAGGGAGAAGGAGGAGAAGGUGAUGCGACGUGAGCAGGUGAAACGUGACUUCAUUGCUCUCUUGCGAGAACAUGCAGAUAUUGAUCGCCACUCGCGCUGGGGUGAUGUGAAGAAGAGACUUGAUAUGGAUCCACGUUAUAAAGCAGUGGAAUCAAGUUCUGCGCGAGAAGAUUGGUUUCGUGAAUAUGUCAAGGCCUUGAAGGAGGAACGCAAGCGUGAGAAGGAGAGGGAUAGAGAGAAACGUGACAAAGACAAACGGGAGAGUAAAGACAAAGGAGACAAAGAGAGAGACAGGGAGAAAGAAAGAGAAAGAGAAAGGGAGAAAGAAAAAGAGAAAGAGAGGGAAAAGGAGAAAGAAAAGGAAGGAGAUGUGAAUGAUGUAAGUGAGGAUGAGAAUGUAAACAACUCUGAUGAUGAACGUGAAAAGGAGCAGAAGGAUAAGGAGAAACAAGCUCGUAUGGAGGCAAGUUUACGAGAGAGGGAAAAGGAAGUACAGCGCACACUUGCUACACAUCUGCGGGAUCGUGACAAAGAACGUGAGCAACAUAAACAUGAUGAAGCUGUACAACACUUCAAUGCUUUGUUGGCUGAUCUGGUCCGCAAUGCAGAGCUGGCAUGGCGUGAAGCCAAGCGACAGCUGCGGAAAGAUCAUCGUUGGGAACUAGCUGAACUGUUGGAUCGUGAAGAGAAGGAGAAGCUUUUCAACCAGCAUAUUGAGCAAUUGGCUAAGAAAAAGAAGGAAAAGUUCAGAGAGUUGUUGGAUGAGACAGGAGAAGUGACAUUAACUAGUUCCUGGAAGGAGAUAAAGAAAUUGGUUAAAGAUGAUCCAAGAUACAGCAAGUUCUCUUCUAGUGACAGGAAAUGUGAACGAGAAUUCAAAGAAUAUAUAAAAGACAAGCUAGUUGCAGCCAAAGCAGAUUUUAGAGAAUUAUUGCAGGAGACAAAACUUAUCAAUCACAAGUCGUUGAAAUUAGUACAAGAAAAUGAACAACACAUACGUGAAAUUGAGGAGAUCUUGAAGAAGGAUCGUCGUUACUUGGUUCUGGACUAUAUGCCUGAUGAAAGGACCAAGCUGAUUGUCACAUAUCUGGAAGACCUGGAUAAGCGCGGACCGCCCCCACCACCAACAGCCUCAGAACCCACUCGGAGACCUACCAAGUGAGCAUAUUUUAAGCUCCUGAUUGCUGACCUUAUCUGUCAUAUGAAGAUGUAUACAGGUGUGGAAAGUGCCUGCUGUAUGGGAAACAAGUUCAAAGGUUUUAUAUGUUAAUGCUAUGAAUGUGAUUUUUUGUUGCUUUUGACAGCAAGUAUAUCUCAAACUUUGUACUGCAGAUUCAUUCUCAUUGUGAUGAAUUUAGGUACCGACAUCAUCAUUAAAUAAUUCACAAAAGAAAGGAAGCCUGAUUGAUGAAGUUGAUGUAUGUUGCACUAUUAAAAACAAACUGGGUUUUAUGUAUAUUCUACCCAGCAUUAUUGUUGAUCCCUUUGAAUACAGCAUCAUAUUCUGUAAUAUCCCUGAUCCACUCCUGUUUGUUUAAUAAGUGUUUAAAUGUAUGUAACAGUAAACAAAAGAUGAAAGCAUUUAUUUUAUUCAUUCUUGGUUAUGCAUGAAGCAACAUAACUGUUGUAAGGUAAAAGAGGUAUGCAUUUUCAACCUGUCAUUGAGGGGGUUAAUCUGAUGAUGGAAGGUGGACCAGGUUAGUUUUAAUUGCCAAAAUUUGUUAUUUAAAACGGGCAGUAUAUGCAGUACUGUUAAAUGUAAUUGUUCUUUUAACCAGUUUGCUUUUGUAAGCGUACCUUUAUGAUCUUGUAUGCAGACUAUGGUCACCUUGUCUGCAAUUUUAUACAAGACAUGAAGAUAGUCUUGAAGUGGUUCCUGCUGGCAUCUUUUAAUAAUAUUAUACUGUACAGUUGCAUAAUUAGUGUAGGCUGCAUGUGAUAUAUUAGAGACCAUUUAAAGCACUUUUUUAUAAUUCAUAGAUGAGGAAUAUCAUCAAAGAUUUAUAUCACAUUUCCUAGGUUGGUUUUGUAGCGCUGAUUACCUGAAGUGGGGAGGAGAUAAUUCAGUAAUUAAUACAACAGGUUUAUCUGCAUAUUGAAUGCUCAGCCAAGUUUACAAGAUCCUAUAAUUACAGGGAUAUGACAGUUUCAUUUUUAGCCUACUUUUCUUCCUUAAGUAAAGUAGGCUUAUGAGGUCACUGUGCUUUUUGUUUGUCCUCCAUUUGAACUUUGGAAGAAGUUGACUGAUUUUUGUGAAAUUUAGUGUGGACUUUGUCACCAGAGGUCAUCCAAAUCUUGUAAUGUUUAAUUUUAUGUUACUGAUAUAUAAGAAAGAAGGCAAAUUCUGCCAUAAUUACAGAAAGAUUGCAGUUCUCAGUUCCUGGUAUGAAAUUGGUAAUAUAAUUGUAGCUAAUAAAAUCCAAGAAAAGAAAAAAGAAUAUUUAGAAGCAGUGCUUAGUGAGGGGCAGCAUGCAUUUCAUUGGGACAGACCCACAACUUAUUAUUUGACCUUUACAAUGAAACAGUUAAUUGAGAAAUAUUGGGAGUUUGGCCUCUGUAUUACCUCACUGUUAAAGAUCUUAAGUUGUUUAGGCCAUGACUACUUUCUUCUGAAUCAUAUCAUUUGACAGUGCUGUAAUCAUCUACCUCCAACCUUCUUAACCUCAGCACAAGAUGGAGGUGAGUGGUAAGUUUCAUUACCUGGUUGCAUUACCCCCAGGGAAAAGAGACCCUAGUAUCCAUUGCAUAGGAGACUAGAGGGCCCUCAGAAACUAACCUGAGUGUUUUGGAGAAGGGAAGACUCUCUUGUCCCUACCGGGAAUUGAACUCCACCACAUCUAUCAUCCAUCCUGUAACCAACUCAGUAUACUGAGUUAGCUCAUUUACCUUCACCAGUUAUUUGCAGUUGUAUUUGUGGAUUUUGAAAAAUUGUAAGAACAAUUUAUAUCAAAUAUAAUUAGUGAAUGGAAAUUUAUAAGGUCUGUUAUGUUUUACACUCCGAAGUGUUAGUGUUUGACUCAUGGGUUCUACACUCUGGCGUCCUGCUUAAAUGAGUAUUCCUAUAGUAUAGAAAUCUUCUGUUAUGCAAUUACGUUUUAAUUACACGCUAUUACCACCUGUACUCAUUAUUGGUCAUUUAAAUGUAUUUCUACUUCACCCUUGUGGUUUCUUACCAUCUUAUCCUGUUUCUCUCUGUAUAUUCCUGUUUAUUACCCUUGCUGUUAUACUUGUAUCUUGAUGUUUUAAUACCAAUUUUUGCAUUGAUAUUCUAACCUCUUGCCCAAAAUUUUGCCCUCCUAUGUCUUUUGUUGCUUCACAUGUCAGAAUGUAGCCCCAAGAUCAAGCUUAAAAUCUAAAAAUACCGAAAUGUGAAGCUUGCAUACAUUGACUGUACAAACUGACUUGAAACAAAAUUAAAAUGAUCAGGGUGGUCCAAAACAAAUAUGGGAAUGAGGCUAAGUGUUUUCUCACUAGUCUUGUUUAAUGCUUAAUAAACUGCUUUUGCUUGCAGUAGCAUGCUUCAUCUUCCUAAUGAAAGAGGACAUGGCCCUAGAAUUGUUUAUUUUUUUAAUGUAAUGAUUUAUGAAAUGUUUUUAUUUGAAAAGAAUCUGAGGACAGAAGGGACAAUUAGUACACUUUUAUGCAUUGUAAAAGAAUUGACCCAGAAGAGAAGGGUAUCAAUCUUGUCUCAAUUCAUGAAUUGUUUCCAGAAUCUUCUCCUGAACAUAAAGUCAUUCUUGCACUUGCCUACUUGUUUAUCACAUGUAGAACGUUUGUAGAAGUAAUUUAAAUAAAAAUGUAUGCAAUUUCUGCUUUUAUGUUUAGAUUAUAUUAUAUACCACUUUAUUUGCUGCAGAAAGAAUCAGUAAUUUUUUCUUAAGCAAAUCACAUGGUAAAAAGCAUGUGGCCUUUAUAUUUCAGACUUGGCUCUAGAGUUCUGCUUGAAAUAAACACACUGCAGCUGAUUGGAUGUAGGUGGGUGGGUUUUCUCUAUUUUAGCUCAUCAUCAGAGCUGUCUUCCACAUGUCCUACCUUCAACAGUUCUUUUGGUCCUGUGUUGCUUAACUUACAAACCACCCAGUAAAGUUUGUGAAGAAAGUUAUACCCUCUGCAGUACAGUAGAGGUUAAGUUGCUACCGUUUUUAAUGAAGCAUUGUGCUGUGAAGACAAAUAGAGAAGUGUAAGUAUAGCUCUGUGCAUUUAUAACUUCAGCACCAGAUGAUGUGAGUGGUUCAGUUGGACACCAUAACCACUUUAUGCCUGGGGAAAGAAACCUUGGUAGCCAUUGGAUAGGAGGCUGAGUUGGCCCCAGACUUGGUCUGAUGCUGUGCAGAAGAGAAAAAUCACCUGCCCUUGCCUGAAAUUGAAUCACAGUUGUUAGUCAUCUAUCCCAUAUCCAAGUUACCAUACUGCCAGUGAUUCUGGCUACACCCUCUGCGGCAUUUCAGACAUUUAAGUGAUUGCUGACAAAUGGUCAGAAGUUCAGUCCAUUGACAGUUGGAUAAGAAACAUUACAAUCUUCACAUAAGUAUAUGGAAAUUUUUGUCAUAACUUCAAAUGAGUAUGAAUCAUGCUAGUGAGUUGUUGCUUGUGGAACUGUUUAAAUUACAUUUGAGUUUGAGACUAAAUAUAAUUUGUAAAAAGGCAAGGUUUUUAAAAACAAGUUUUAAUGGAUGGAUAAGAAAUGAUGUGGAUAAUGUUAUUCAGGGAUCAGCAUUUAGAGUAAAAUUACAGGGAUCUAAUUUGUGAGAAAUUUCACACCAAAGUUCAGAAACAUGUAGGACUCCUUUAGUAUCCUAAAAUCACUGCUUCAGUAUGGGCAGUCUUGACAUUUAUAGCAGUCAAAGUGCUCAUAAUGUUUCCUUUAAGAGUAGUUUUCAUAUGCAUUUUUACUCUUUCUGGUCCAGUAGUAUAUAAAAGAAGACACUCAGUUAAAAAUUCAUUAAUUUGAUAUGUAGUUCAGUUUUAGCUAAUAUCUGCUAGGGAACAAAAUGUACAAAAGAAACUGCAUGGAAGCUUGUACCAGGUUUCAGGUAUGUUGAAUGCUUGGUCAUGUGUCAGAAGAUUUUGUAUAAAUUAUGUCUGGUGUAAUACCAUCCAAAAAUAUCAUGGUAUCAUAAACAAUUAGGAGCUUCUCUUAAUUUAUCCAUGUGAGGAAGUGUUAAUUCAUUGGUGAGGUGGUGCAAAAAUCUUUUGAUGUUACCAAAGUAGUGUCUGUGGAGGUCAUGGAAUGUGAGAAAGCAAGUGGGUUAUUUUUCAUUGCACAUGCAUUGUACUGUGUAUUGCAUGUCUUGUAUUCCAUUAUAUCAGAAUUUGUAUUAUAUAUGUGAUUUUUGUGUUUAUAUUAAUAAAGCACUGGAAUUUGUUAUGCA